UAAUGGUAAAUUUAUUCAAUAAAAAAACUACUUUAAAAAGUUAGUUCUACUUAAUUUAUUUUAUAUUUUUAUAAUACAUACAAAAUUUAAAGCAAUAAAAUAAAAGUAGAAGUAGAGAUUUUUAACAAAGAAUAGGGUUCAAAAAUGUUUCUUUCCAAGCAAUUAUGCUAUAAAAGUAUAGUAGCAGGCAGUAAAUUUGGAGAAUAAAUACGAAAAAAUAUAAAAUUCAACGAUGAUGAGUAGAGUAUGUUGCAAGAAAGAAUAAUGAAUAGGUAUUAGCAUAGUCCUUCUAAUCUAAAAAGCUUAAGAGAAUACUGCUGUACAUUGCCUCUAGAUAAAAACCAGAGUAAAACUUUAUCAGCGUAUGUGGAUGGUAUAAUUAGCAAGCAAAAAGGGAUUAAGAUAAAAGUCAUGAACGCAAUAAAUAAGGUUAUAGCAGUUACCAAGAUUUUGGCAAUUUCUAGCAUUUUAAAAAUAAAAAAAAUAAGUAAAUUCUACUAGAGAAAGAAAUUUUAUUUUCUUUAAAAAAUUGUGUUGAAAAAUUAUAAACCAAACACUAGAAAGAGAGCAUUAAAAUUGUAGAAAGUCUAGUAAUUUGUAGUAGAUUAAAUUAAUCAAUGCAUUGGAUAUUUAAAAGAAGGAUACCUUUCAAAUUAAUGCAUUAAUGAAAUACUUCUACCUUUUACUAAAAAAAUUAAUUUCAGUUAGCAAAUAAAUUAGUUCAAACUAUCCAUUACAAAUUUCUUUUUUUCAAAUUCAGCUUUCUAUUUGAAUGUCGAGUCAUAUCUUUACGAAUUGUUGAAUAAUACGUUAAUUCUUCUAAACCAAAGUUUAAAAAAUUUAGGAGAGGAUAAACACUUUUUAACAUAUUUUUAACUAAUUGUUGUUGUACUGAAGAAUAUAUGCCAAAAUGAUCUUUACAUAUUAACAUAUGACAUGUGUAAAUCUUUUGACAAAUUAAUUCUUGAGUUACCCGAAUCUGUAAAGGAUUAUUCAUUUUAUGAUAAGCUAAUGCUUAGCUAUCACUACUAUAAGGGUUUUAGUUAAACAAAUUUUGAUGAAAAUCACAAAUUCUAUGACUACAUUAAAUGCAAGCAUUUCUUUUUCAAGCUACUUUAUAAAAAAUAUCCUAAAAUAUCAGAAGAAAUAAAUGAAACUGAAAAAAACCUAAGUAAUUUAAUGCCAUAACCUAUGAAGAUGUUUUGUUGUGUUUAGAAUACAGUUGAAAGACCUAGUGGUAUUAAAAAAUAAGUCAAAGAUACAAAAAAGAAAGAACAAAUGAAAGAAACUGAACAAUCUUUUUUUGAAAAUUUUUUUUUAUUGUAUUUGUUUUUUAGACAGGAACAAGGUAAUUCUCAUAUAGAAAUCUUGGAAAAUCUUUUAAAAUAAUGUUUAUUAAUCUAUAAGAUGAAUCCUAAAUUUGAUUUAGGUGUAUAGCAGAUUUAUAAAUGUUUUCAUUUUUAUGAUAAAGGGUAGGAGUGCUUUAAAACAUGUUUAUAUACAGUAAGAGAACAAAUGAAAAAUGAAAAACUCACAGAUAAAUUUAAAAAAGAGACAAUCUAUGAAAAAUACAUAGAUUUAACUGAUGAAAAAAAAUUAUAAAUUCCUUUAAAAAAUUCAAGCAAUUUACAAAAAUAUCUUAAAUAAUUAGCUGAAAUAUAUAUUUAUAAUUAAUAGCCAAUAGAAUUUUUGAAUAUUUGGAGGUGUUUAUCUAUACUUUCUCCUGAAAGCUGCUAUAUAAAUUAUAUGUUAUACUUGGAAUAGCUUUAGGAAUUUAUCUUUUAAAAAUUUUAUACUGACAAUUCAAAAGAACAAGAAUGCUAUUAAAAUCUUGUUGAAGAAUUGUAAGAAGACUUGAAAAGUUAAAAUUAAGAGAAAUAAAUGUUUUGGCAUCUCUCUUAUCAAUAAUUUAUAAUGAGAUUUUAAGAAAAAGGUUUUGAGAAAUUACCUCUGAAUAUCAGAAAAGACAUUCCUAUAAUUUCUAUUAGAAAAAUAAUGAAUAAUAUUUUUCUUGAAAUUCAACAGUCAAUUGAUCAAAAAAAAGACAUUUUUAAUAAAGUCUUUGGGCAUGAUUAUUUUAAUUUUAAAUAAUAAUAAGAAAAUAUAAGAUAGUAAUAAAACAGAGAAAAUUAGAUGGCCUUUACUACAAAAAUGAAAAUUUAAAAUAAAUAAGUUUAUUUAAAAGUAUACAGCUUUGAUUUUAAAACAAAUAAAGAAUUUAAUUAUAAUGAUUACAGAUUUGUUUAAGAAGUUGCUAUUUGUAUUUAUUUUAGAAAAAAGUAGCAUCAAAAGUAUCUUCCAUUUUAGAAAAAUAUAGGAUAUCACUCAUUUAAUAGAUAUAUUUAUCAUUUUAUAUAAGACAACUAGAUUUUUCUCAUCCUUGAAUACUAUCCUAUUCUUUACAAAUAAAUUUUAUCAAAUGAGCACUUCAGGUGUUAAGAUAAGCAUGAUUAUAUCUAAGAAAAUGAGCAGAUGACAAGAAGUAAGGCUAGUUCUAUAUCUUCUAUAAAAUCAUAUCAGAUUGACGAAAAUUUUAAUGUGUUCGACUAGAAAAGGAGAGUUUCUGAAUAGUUUGGAAUAUAAGAUAUUAAUUUUACUUCUAGUGAUGAUUAGAGGCAAAGAAACAAUUCUACUGGUUCAGAACUUUCAUCUAUUUCUUAUAAUGAGAGUAAAAAUGAGAAUUGGUUAUCUAAUUCAUUUUCUUCUUCUAUUUAAUUUUCUAAAGACAGGAUUAGUUAUGUCCCAAAAUUUUAAAAUUAAAUUAAAUUAUAAUCGAAAGAAUUUACAAAAAAAGACUUAUUUAUAUGCAUGUUAAGAAUAGAAUAAAUAUUUGAAGUUCUUAAAGAUAACAAUAUGUUACACAAAGACAUAAAAUUGUUAAAUAUAGUUUGGAGAGAAACAGAUGAACCGAUAUUGAUUGAUUUCGGAAUAGUAGAAUUAUAUUAAACCUUUAGCUACUUCUUAUCAAGCAAUGGAACCAUACCUUACAGAAGUUACCAAUAAUCUAAAAACUUGCCUAUUAAUGAAAACACUGAUUUAACUUAAUUCAUAAUCUGUAUUUACGAGCUUGCUAGAGGAGAAAAAAUAGACAAUGAUGAAAAAGCAUCCUACAUUUCGAAAAAUAUACAUAAAGAACUCAAAGAUAUGUUUAGUAGAGAUUUUAAUAACUUAAUAUAAACUGUUGUUGAUUGCUAGCUUGAUACCAUCAAAUCAAGAGCUAAAUACUUUAUGUGGUAAAAAUUUGAGAUUUUCAUGAAUUUACUUUAUGAUUGCCAAAAACAAAACAUCCAAGGAGAAAAUGUCUUGCAUUAUUAAGAUUUUUAUGUAAAAGUUAAAAAAACAAUAAAAAGAGCUGUUUAAAAAAAGAAGUUUAAUUUAGAUGUUGAAUUCGAUCUAAAUCUUUUACUCAAUCUCAAAAAUGACCCUACUUUUCAGAUGCUUAUUUCCUUACAGUCUCACGAUAUAUUGAAGCACUAUGAAAGUUUGCUCUACAUUAUUAUCAAUAAACAAAAGAUGGAGGAAUGCAAUAAGUUAAUUGAAACAAAAAUUUAACUAAACUCUAGUUCUAUAAUGAAUGAUACACAUGUAAGCGCAUUUUUCUUAAAUAAAGAAUAAUAAAAUAGAAGUAUUUACAGCUUAGAAAACGAACAUUUAAAAGUAGGAAUACUUAAGAUUUAUAAUUAAUGUUUUAUUAAUGAAAAUUAAGUUAAUGAUUAACAUUUCAGUGAGACUAUUGUUCGCAUUUUUAAUAAAAAUUUCAAAAUUUUAGAACUUUAAAAAACAAAAUACAAAUUUAAUUUUGAGAAUUUAGUAAAUUUAUUUUCAGAAUAUAGCAAAGAAAACGAAAAAGCUACAUCAAAGUGUUUGAAGAGCUAGCCUUCCAUAUUGAAGAAACUGAGAGAUCUAUCAUUAAAUUUUAAACAGAAACUUCUGAAAAAAUUAUUAAAGCUUACAAGUGCACAGAUGAAAUUAGAUAUCUUAUUAAAGAUUUAAUCAAUAAUAAAUCUAAUAGUAAGAUAUUGUAGAAUAAUUUCUUAUCAAGUCAAAUCUAAAGUUAAUAAUAAUAAUCUCAGAUUCCAUAAUAACUUAUACACUAAAUUAAUGAGCUAAAUGUUUCAGCUAUUACUGCAAAUUAAGAUGAAAAUGGCACAGAUUAGUCAGGUAUUUCCAUUUUGCUUACAUAAUAAUAACCGAAUUCCUUAGUAAGCUAAAAUGAAUCAACCUAUAAAUCUAUAGUUAGUACUAGUUAAUUGA